AUGGGGUUUGCUAUGUUUGUGGACGAUGGUUAUGGCCUGCCGGAGCGUUUUUGGGAUGCCAGACUGGCUCUGGACGACGUUGAAGUCGCCUCCACUCUGGGCUGUGAUGAGCCGUCUGCAGACGAGCGGAAGGAGGCUCGGCGAUUGGAGAAAUCGGUUUCACAUGUGACACUGUGGGAAGAGUCUCGCUGUUGCGAGGGUGACUCCUACGCUUUCCCGACCAACGUGGCCUCGAUCGGCUCGGCAGACGACAUCUUCCACGAACCAGUUGCCAUGUCUGGUUUGGUCAUUUUGUUGAUUCGGUCAACUUAG